AUGACGGUGCAAACAGACAUGUUAAGCCGAGCCCGAAGCAUAGUAACGGCGAGGCUGGAUGAACUCGAUAGUAAAUUGCACGAGGUCAAUCGCCGCAUCUGCGACAACCCAGAACUCAAGUUCAGGGAGUUCAUCGCACACGACACGAUUGCAGAUUUCCUGGAAAGUCUUGGGUACAAGGUCGAGCGCAGUUCGUGGGGUUUAGAGACCGCCUUCGAUGUAUGCAUUGGUUCAGGUGAGAAGCAGAUCAUUUUCUGCGCCGAAUACGAUGCUCUGCCUGGCAUGGGCCAUGCCUGCGGACACAACCUCAUCGCCACAUCAUCACUUGGUGCUUUCGUUGGAGCGGCACAAGCCAUGGCUGAGCUGGGUAUCUCAGGUCGCCUGAGGCUGCUCGGCACACCAGGUGAAGAAGGCGGUGGUGGUAAAGCCGAGCUGAUCAAAGCCGGUGCGUUUAACCAGCCCGAGAGCGUCCUGGCAGCUAUCAUGGCCCAUCCGACGCCCAGUCACAGGUUCGCGGGAACCAACUACGUGGGCCUUGGCGGCGUGAGGCUCAUCGCAGCCCAGAACGUCGUUGUUGAGUUCAAAGGAAAGCCAGCGCAUGCGGGCGGCGAGCCAUGGAAGGGCAUCAAUGCUUUGGACGCAGCUGUGGCAGGUUAUAACAACGUCUCCAUGAUGAGGCAGCAGAUGAUGCCUGAGGACAAGGUCCACGGCGUUUUUGAGGCAGGUGGUGACGCACCCAAUGUCAUCCCUGCUUACACGCGGAUGAACUGGAUUGUACGAAGCCCGUCGGGUUUGCGCUGCGAGGAUCUGGCAGACAGACUCAUCAAGUGCAUGGAAGCGGGAGCAAUGGCGUCAGGAUGCGAGGUUAAGUGUAAAAAGGAAUUUGCAUACAAGAAUCUGCGCAUCAAUGACGGACUUUGCAAAGCAUAUGUGGAGGAGAUGGGGGCCAUAGGCGAAAAGGUAUUGCAACGACUGGAAAUCAGAGGUACCGCAUCUACGGAUAUGGGCAAUGUGUCACAUCUCGUGCCUAGCUUCCAUGGGAGCAUCGGUGUUCCCACUGAGGACGGCAUUGGUCUUCAUAACCCGCGCUUCACGGCCGGAGCAGGCACUGAUGCAGCUCACAAGGCGGCUAUCCAGGCGGGUAAGGGGAUGGCUAUGCUCGCCAUCCGGACGUUCUUGGAUCCCGCCGUGGCGGAGGAGGCGAGGACAGACUUUGAGAAGCCCGACGACCCGUAG